UAUACACUAUCUAAUCCACCCAUUAUAUAUAAGCCUUGUGUUGAAUAGCAGCAGAGUGUAGAAAAGCAAAACUAUACAAAACAAAUACAAACUUUUUUUUAUAACUCUUAAGUUUUCUCUAGUCUUGUCCAAAUGGAAUGGACUAGAGGAAGAAUCCUAGGCCGUGGCUCAACAGCCACCGUCUACGCCGCAACACGUCACAACUCAAACGAAAUCCUCGCCGUCAAAUCCUCCGAGCUUCACCGAUCAGAGUUCCUGAAAAGAGAGGCCAAGAUCCUCUCGUCGUUGAGUUCUCCCUAUGUGAUCGGAUACAGAGGAUCAGAGACCAAGAGAGAGUCAAACGGCGUCGUCACGUAUAACCUUUUGAUGGAGUACGCACCUUACGGAACGUUGACCGACGCGGCGGCGAAGAACGGAGGCGGGCUCGAGGAAGCUACGAUCGUGAAGUACACGCGAGAUAUACUGCGAGGGUUGGAGUAUAUUCACUCGCGGGGAGUCGCGCAUUGCGAUGUGAAGGGGAGCAACGUGGUUGUUGGGGAGAAGGGUGAGGCCAAGAUUGCGGAUUUCGGGUGUGCGAAACGGGUCGACCCGGAAGUUGACUCGGAAGCGGUGAUGGGAACGCCGGCGUUUAUGGCUCCGGAGGUGGCGCGUGGGGAGAAGCAGGGGAGGAAGAGUGAUAUAUGGGCGGUUGGAUGUACGGUGAUUGAGAUGGCCACUGAGUCUCCGCCGUGGACGGAGGCGAGUUCGGGUGAGAGUCCGGUUUCAGUUCUUUAUCGGGUCGGGUAUUCCGGUGAGGCUCCGGAGCUUCCUUGUUUGCUUACCGAAGAAGCGAAGGACUUCUUGGAGAAGUGUUUCAAGAGAGAAGCGAAAGAGAGAUGGACGGCAACACAACUUCUAAACCAUCCUUUUUUGAUAACUAAACCAAACACUGAACCGGUUUCCGGUUUUGUUUCGAGCUCACCGACAAGUGUGAUAGAUCAAACGUUUUGGUCAUCGGUGGAUGAGGAAGAAGAAACAGAGGAAUUACAGGAGGAUCCGAGAAAUCUUGACCGUUCAAACAUGUGGGCUUGUCAUUCGGAGAGGAUCGGACGGUUAAGAUGUGUUGGUGGGUUGGAUGGGUCCAGAUUGGAUAUGGAAGGUGGGGGCUGGAUCACGGUGAGGGUGAGUUGUGAAGGAACAAUGAUUGGUGGGUCGCAUGAGGAAAAUAUAUUGGAGGUGGGGGGACUGUAAAUGGAUUUGGGUGUCAUUUGUGUGAACUGUAGAAAGUAUAGGGGGUUGAUAUUAGUGAAGAUCUCCAAUUUAGAUCAAUGUAGUAGCUUGUUAGUCUCCGAAUAUUCGACUGAUCGCAUGUAUAUAAUUGAAUCACCAUUUUUCAGAAACCAAAUCCAAUUCAUCUAAGUUUGCAAAAAAAUGUUGAUUCAUAUGGAGUUUCAAGGUUGGUUGGCCUGCAUUGGAGAAAAUGUUGAACUAUUGUUAGUUGUUACAUUGAAAUCUUGU